AUGACGAGGUAUCUGAUUGGGAGGACGCCAUUUGUUAUAGAGCGGUUUCUGGUUACCCGAGUUUUGCGACAGUUCGGGAGACAGCAGGGGAUUCCGCAGGGAGCGUGCUUGUAUGCACGGCGGCAGCAGGAUCGGCAGAUUUCUCAGUUGAUUACUGAGAGAGAUACGAAGAUAGAGCGGCGUGGUCGAGCAGAGGAGGCCUUAGCGACCGUGCAGAGAGCAGCGACGGGUGGUCCUAUGAGAGACACUCUUAGAGAGCUGACACGGAGAGUGCAGGAGGCUGAUUAUUAUAGACAGCAUUAUGAGGCUGCAGUGCCCAGAGACCGACGUAAUAAAUGGACAAUCAAUGGGAGAGUUACUCAUAAACGCCCUAUUAAGGCAUAUAGCACAGCCAUAAAAAAUGGCCAUGUGUUUAGUUUUGACAUUGUUGACUAUGAGGGCUGUGAAAUUAGAGUCACAUGUUUUGAUGAAAUAGCUCAGUUACACUCUAACCGUGUGGACGUAGGUUCACAUUAUAUUAUUUCAAAGGGAUCCAUUAAGGAGGCAAAUGUGAGGUACAACAAACUAAAUAGUUAUUUAGAAAUCAUCUUGUCUGAUGCAUCCAUACUAAAACGUUGCAGCAACGAAGAACAAUCAGAUCAACAACGUCCUCUUUUCACACCCAUUAGUGAAUUGUUUCAUCUAACAAAUAACACAUUGGUUGACAUAAUUGGCCUUAUUUUAUACGUUGGAGAUAUCAUAUCAAUACACAGGAAAGAUGGCAGUCAAACACAAAAACGUGUUGUGAAAAUUAAUGAUCUAUCUGGUUCAACAAUUGACAUCAACCUAUGGGGUCCAAUGGCAGAACAAAAAGGCCUAGAAUUGAAAAAUAUGUUAACCAAUUAUAGUGUGGUUAUCCUUGCUUUGCGUAAUGCUCAUGUUGGCUAUUUCAAUGGGAAGCUUAUAAACAUAACAGCUACAACCAUAUUACAUAUCAACCCAACUUUUCCAGAAGCAGAACCUCUAACAUUAAGAGGAAAGGAGCCUUUGCUUGUUGUACCCUUUGUUGCAGAAACUAUCCACAUAGAUGGGAAAUAUACUAGAAUGACUAUUUCUUCAAUCCGUGAGAGGAUGAGUAUCAAACCAGAAACAAUUCAAACUACUUUGCUAGUUGUUCUGCGUUUUGUAAACGUAACUGACCAAAAUUUAUGUUACACAACUUGUCCACUAAUAGUCAAUGGAAGGCCUUGCAAAAACAAAUGUACACAACAAGUUGAUGAUUCUUGGUUCUGCCCUAGAUGUGAAAUGACUAUGCAAGAUUGUAAUUAUAGUUACCUCUUGCCAGUAAAGUUACAAGAUGCCACAGGUAUUCUAUGGGCCACUACAUUUGAUGAGGGUGGCAUUCACUUGCUACACAAAACUGCAAAAGAGCUUUGUGCACUAUAA